CUCGCUUUGAGUUGCACUGGACUGACUGCAAGGACAGAAAUAGCCCCCCUGCUGCAUUGUUAAAUAUAAUUGGAUGUCAUUUAACAGUUUGACAUUGACGAUGGCUGCCUGCCUCAGCCAGUGAUAACGGCUAACAAGGAAACCCAAAGCAUUUGUGGAUUACAAAUGCUUUUACCAAGCUGUUGGUAUAAGUUCAUCAGCUUCACCUGAUUCCAUUCGUCAGACUGUUUUAAUAACAUAAUGUCAUGAUGACAGCAGGACUUGCAGUCGCUGAGGAGGAGAUCGGCAAUGAUGGUUAAAAGUCCAGUGGUUGCACCACGUGGUCAAGAGAAGUCUAACCGGCAUAUUUACCCACAGGCUGUGGAUGUCUUUCUAAGUGAAGUGCAAGGACAAGUUCCCCCCUGCCCCAAUUCAACACUCUAACAGCCAUCUGAGAGCCAUGUCUGGGCCUGCUUCUCUCUUUGAUGCCACGCUGGAUCCUGUGGCCGGUCAAGUUAAACACUGGAAGGAUCUGAAGAUCGACAGCACGUCUGGCCUCAGUCAGAGUGUUUACACACCUUCUGGAUUUGCUCCAGAGGACAUAGAGGUGACAGAUACUAAUGGUGGAGAUGCUGCUUGGAGUGGUUCUCUAUUUUUAGAACAGAAUGUGAAUAAAAGAGGAGCUGCAGCACCUGAGCAGCAGGAGGAGCCCCCCGCGGUGACGCCCCAUCCUGCCGAGAUCCCUUCUGCCUUUUCAGCACUCUUCGACACAUCCUGUGACAACCAUCUGUUUGAGUGUGUGAACUCGACAGAGGACACUUCACCGGACGUGCUUCGAAUAAUAAAACAUAAACCAAGUGCGAUUGUUUUUUGCGAUUAUGAAGGCAGCCUUGCCACUGUUAUGAAAGAGAGUUCUGACAGCAGGGAGUCCUCCUCUUCCUCCCCCGCUUCUAAAGAAGAGAGUGAAGAUGAAGAGGCUGAUGUUGAUGAAUUCCCUGAAACUUUGCAGUACAAGGAGUUUCUGGUCAGUCGCCAUCGUAGGAAUUUGAACAAAAACAGAAAGUUUCUGAGGAAGAGACCAGAGGUUCUGCCUCAUGGCCCUGCAGCUGACCGGCCAAAGACCUCCAAGAGCAACAUGAGACUGGAGUGUGCAGGUGGCAAGGAGGAAGAGGACACACGGCAGGAGUGUGACUCCAUGAUCCUGCUGAUGAAAAAAUUGGAUCACCUCAGUGAGGGAAUGCAAAACAUUCAAAACUGUAAUUCCUCCCACAUAAAUGACAUUCGAGUCAAAGAGGAGCAGCAGGGCACCAAGGAUGGAGGGAUAAUACAACAUGAAACCUCGUUGAGUUUGAAAGACAGAAGUUUGGUGCACAAAUUGAAUUAA